GCCGCCGCCGCCGCCGCGCUCGCCUCCGCUGCCUCCUCCCCCCCGAGGUAUUGUUGCAAAUAAUAACUUGACCCCUUCCUCUCUCUCCCCCCCCCCCCGAUCCCCGCCCGCCGAGGCAGCUGUGCAACAGCUGGAGCCCCCCCCGGCCGGGGCGGGUUGCUCCGCCGGACGCCGGAGGAGGGGGGGGGGGUCCCACGGUUAGCUCCUCCCCACGCCCGGGGCACCGCGGCCCCCCUGGCCCGGGGCGAGCGCAGCAGCGGCUCCGGGUGGGACGGGAGCUUCCCCUGACCCCCCUCCCCCCAGUGCCCUCUCCCUGGUCGGGCUCGGCCCCCUCCCCCCCUCCGCCGCCCGCAGGUGCACCUGGUCGGGUUGCGGCCAUGCCCCCCCCCCCCCGCCCUUCGCGCGGGUGGCGGUAGUCAGUAACAAGUUGAGCAAAGCCCUGGCAGCUUUUUAUACACCAGGGGAGGCCCACCCUUCCCCAACAGCACAGUCCCACUUUGGUGUGUUCACAGAGGAUCCUCUCCUGCCUAGAGUUCCUGGGGAUGUGCAGAGCAGCACUUGGGAAACACAGCGCUGCAUCUUUGCCAUUUAAGGAAGGCUUGGUGAACCUUCUGCAUAGGCUGUGAAAGAAACCCAAAGUCGUGACUCCAGCAGCACCCUGCGUGUCUCCAGAAGUCCCGUUCCGAGUUCAUCCCACCGGCAAGGCUGUGCAGCGCGGGAGACGAGUGCCUUAUAAUUGGGUGUGCCUGACUGCAUCAGCCUUUGGAUGGGAGCGCCUUCUCUUGAAACAGCCUUGUGAUAUCCUAGCUGCCUGUUUUGUUGGGAGGUCCCUCAGAAGAAGCUGUCCAUACGUCUGUCUCGGUGCCUGACGGGGCUGCUGUGCUUCCAGAUUUGAACCAUGUCCCACCCAUCCUGGCUGCCGCCUAAGAGUACCAACGAGCCUGUUGGUCACGUUACAGCAAGGAUGGAGACCACGCAUGCCUUUGGGACUCCCAGCAUCUCAGUGUCCACCCAACAGACGCCAAAGAAGUUUGCACCUGUUGUUGCCCCCAAGCCAAAGUACAACCCAUACAAGCAACCAGGAGGUGAUGGAGACUUCCUUCCUCCACCUCCACCUCCUGUUGAUGACCUCGGGAAUAUCACAUCACAAGGUGCCUUUCCCCCGCCGCCUCCUCUGGAUGACGUUGCUUUCAACGUGCAGGUGAAUCCUGGUGGCAAGACACUUGAGGAGAGGCGCUCCAGCCUGGAUGCAGAGAUCGACUCCCUGACGAGUAUCCUGGCCGAUCUAGAGAGCAGCUCUCCGUACAAACCACGGAUUCAACAGGGCUCUGGGACCUCCAGCUCUGCUGCCACCACCCCGUCAGUGUCCACCCCUGUCACCGGCCACAAGCGGAUGAUCAUUCCCAACCAACCUCCCCUCACUGCCACCAAGAAGUCCACUGCCAAGGGGCCUGGCCAGCCAGCACCCAUCCCAGUCACUCCCAUCGGCACCCUGAAGCCACAGCCGGUUCCAGCCUCCUACACCACAGCCUCCACACCCAGCCGUCCGACCUUCAAUGUUCAGGUGAGGACGGCACAGCCCAGCCCUCACUACCAGCCGCCUGGCCCACAGCCCACACACUACGGCAGCCUGGGGCCUGGCCAGCCCUAUGCAGCCCCACCAGCCCGCCCGCCCGGUGCCCAGCAAUAUGGCUCACCACAGCCCCGUGGGCCUGAUUAUGGUUACGCCCCACCGCCUGCCCGUCCUUCAGAGCCCAGCUAUGGUUACGCACCUCAGCAAGGCCGCUACCAGGACCCAUAUUAUGGCGGAUAUGGAGGGAGGAAUGGCUCCGAAGCGCCCUACAUGCCACAGAGCACCUGGAAGGUUGAGCCAGCGUAUCCUAGCAGUAACACCGUGGGCCAGGCUCCUCCUGGGAUGUACCAGCAUCCUGGCCCGAAGAAAACCUACAUCACGGACCCAGUGCUGGCCCCACAGCCACUGCAGCAAAAGAGUGGGUAUCCGAGCUCUGGACCCACGUCAAGCACUCCUGCCUUCAGGCCUGAAGAUGAGCUGGAACAUCUGACAAAGAAAAUGCUGUAUGACAUGGAGAAUCCUCCCUCUGAUGACUACUUUGGCCGCUGUGCUCGCUGUGGGGAGAAUGUUGUUGGGGAAGGCACUGGCUGCACAGCCAUGGACCAGGUCUUCCACGUGGAGUGCUUCACCUGCAUGAUGUGCAACAACAAGCUGAGGGGGCAGCCUUUCUACGCAGUAGAGAAGAAAGCCUACUGUGAACCCUGCUAUAUUAACACACUGGAGCAAUGCAGUGUAUGCGCGAAGCCCAUCAUGGAAAGGAUCCUCCGAGCCACCGGGAAGGCCUACCAUCCCCACUGCUUCACCUGUGUCAUGUGCCAUCGCAGCCUGGAUGGGAUUCCCUUCACCGUGGAUGCCGGUGGGAACAUCCACUGCAUCGAGGAUUUCCAUAAGAAAUUUGCACCGAGGUGUUCAGUGUGUAAGGAGCCCAUCAUGCCAGCCCCAGGACAAGAGGAGACUGUACGCAUUGUCGCCUUGGAUCGUGACUUCCAUGUCCAGUGCUACCGGUGUGAGGACUGUGGUGGCCUCCUGUCUGAAGGGGACAAUCAGGGCUGUUACCCUCUGGACGGGCACAUCCUUUGCAAGACCUGCAACUCAGCUCGGAUCCAGGCUCUGACCGCCAAGGCCAGCACUGAUCUCUGAGUACCAACUGUGACCCUCCCCAGGAUGCCUGCUGGGGGAAUUGCACAAGCUUUGCAUGAUUUCUUUCCAGCCUAGGGCCUGAAUCUUUGUUUGUUUGUUUGUUUGUUUUAAAAAAAGUAAAACUGGAAGGCCUUGGAGCAAGAGGGCGGUUCUGUGGCCACGUUCAGACUGCCAGCAACAGGCACCUAACUUAGACAUGAGUCUUCCAGAGGGUGGUGAGUCAGACCACCAGCUACUAAGUUAUCUGCCUGUGGAAGAAGGUCUGAACUGGUGAAAUGUGGCUGAGCUAGUUCCUUUUUCCAAGUCAUUUUAGAAACCUGAUCAGCUAUGGGGAUCUUCUCUUUGAUUUUAAUGGGUCACCAGCAGAAGUAGCUCCACUGUCACAGGAGAUGUGAAGCCAACGUGAGAGCAGAACUAGCACUCCUCAUUACAACUCAAUGCAACUUUGACAGUACUGCACCUAAGGGUGUAGAUGUGACCUUGAGCUUUCUGGGACACAGAUUUGUUGUCUAUGUGUUUCUUCUUAGGUCCUUACUUGUCUCCAUUCCCUUCCAGUUCCAUAGGUUAUUCUGUUUUGUUUUUUUCUUUUUCUUACGGAAUUAUAUUUUUGCUAUUGCAUAAACUUAUUCAGUAGUGAUGCUUCCAAUUCACAAUAUAUGAGCAGUCACAGAAAGAUGUGAGCUUGCACACACACACACACACACACACACACACACACAAUGUGCUUUUGAUUUACUAGAGGUAUAAGCCAAUCAUGUCUGCUGAGAAGGUCUUUUAAGGAUCUGGGGCUGGAAACGCUCUUUAAAAAUCCCAGUGGUUAAAUAAAAAAGAAAAAGACUACAUAGAACUGCAGUGCAAAGCGAUGCUCAAAAAAAUCUUAUGCCACUCACUAUAGUGGGACCAAUGGCUGUGCUGGCUUCUGGGUAGAUAUUUAAGCACUGGAGUCUUGUUUCGUUGUUUAUUGAAAUAGGAGGAUUUUCCUUCAGCUGUAACAGGAACUGAAUCAGGGAUAGACUUCUCUCUGAAGUUAACACGCAUGAUCUGGAGCUCCCAUUGGAAAAGGGACCUUAUUCCAACAGUGGCAAAAGAACCGUGCAGUUGUUCAGUUUUUGUCUUAAAGCUGAAGAAGGUGUUAAACCCUUCUCUGUGCCAUCCCAAAAAGCAAAUGAUUUUUUUUUUCUUCUUUCAUUUUCAUCCCAGCCACUUAUUACUCCUCUCUGGUGAAAUGUCACUGCAGAAGAGUGCUGGGCCAGGAGCAGCACUUUCAUCUUCUGUCCAGAGGUAAUACACGUGCCAAGGUAAAUAUAAAGCUGGGCAGAGAUAACCUUUCUUUUUGUCAUGUUGGUGUUCGUGGGCCUUUUUUUUUCUUCUUCUUUUUUUUUUCUUUUUGUUAAUUAAAAAAAUAAAUUAUAAAUUCAUGGCUCGCUCUGAGCAGCUAUAAUAUUCUUGUUCAUGAAACCCAUAAUAACUAAGGUGCAAAUUACACAGUGAGGGAGUAAUUUUCGUAUCACUGAAUUGACAUUAAUAUCUUAUUUGCAGAUGUAAUCAAAGAGAAUACCUUUCUUUGCACUUAACAAAUUAAGAAGCAGAACUGAAACAUUUGCAGGCUGAUUGACCAUAUUAGUGACAAACUGGCACUUUUCAACAGUAUUAGGAGAAUUUUUUCAUGUGCCCACUGAAAAACAAUGCAAAUGUGGUGCUUUCAUCUUCAGCCUCUAUAGCAGAAGCCUGAUACAAUUAUCCUAAUGCUGGGGAAAAAGAAGAAAAAGUUAGAUGAGCUGGACUGAUAGGAAACAAAGAAAAACUGAGAUAGUCACUGCAGCUCCUGCAAAUGGUGCAUUUCCUUCCAGUUUAGCACUAACCUUUAUGGAAGAGCACUGUGAACUGUAAUAGCUUUAGCUGUGUACAGUAAAUUCAAAUACAGAAAUACCAAUCUGAAACCUCUGUUCUUCACAUGGUUUGUAUGUUGGCAAACUCCUUCAGUGUCAGGGAAGAUUCCCAAAAUUCACAGCUCAAAAUGAAUCCUUCUUUGUAGAAGGGUGGCAUCAUUAAGCAAAAGAAAUCGUUCUCCACCAUAGCGGCUGUACUGAAGCAGUUUGCCUUUUUAUACUAGAUUUCUGCCCUGGCCUUCAAGAAUUUUACUGCCUCAGACAUAAACAGAUUUUUUUGCAGGGCGACUCCUGCCAGAUUCCAUCUGGGCUCCUGCUCCCUGAACCGUGGCACGUAAGAUUCUUCUGAGCUCGCUUUUUACAGGCAGCCCCUUCACACAGCAGUCAAAAACUCUUGCAACUAGUGGGUGAAUCCAGUUUGAAUUAACCCUAGAGGAACACUGGAGUUCAGAGCUAGGGUUGCUAACACCGCUGGUUUUACAUCUCUGCAAGCACAGGGGAGGACCUGAUGCACCCAAGCACACAAGAAGCCAUUCAUCAGGCAGCUCUGAACUUUGUUCUCGUUAGUGUUAAAUCGGGUGGCUGAUGAGACUCUCAUGAAUAACCCUGGGGUAAGUGAUGAAAACAAGCUUAUGUAUCUGCCUUCAGAAUGUGGCCUAGACUCAGGAGGACUGAAGUCCAGAGCCCUUGAGCUUUUCAUGGCCAUGGUAUAGGCUGGAAGUGGGGAAAGUCGUAUGGCUUCUCGUCCUUUGCACGAGAAAGCUUCUUUACAACUUCCCAGAGAUGUUGUGAGAAUUAAACUAAUCAAAGGUUGGCCCAAACUCCUGAUUUUGGAGUUCUGUUUUCUCCUUCCAGAAAAGUUUGCUGGUAUGUAGGUUUGGGAUUCCAGCCCAUUUCAAAGCUGAGGGCCAGCCAGGAGGUCUAGAUCUCAAUCUGUGCUAUUAGGGUGCUGUGGUGAGCUGGGCUGGCGUGCAGGGAGGUGAGAGCCAAACUUUUCACGCAUUAAAUACCCAAUGGAUGGAAAGUGGUUGUCAAAGAUGGAGGAGUGUUAUUGUUUGAGGUACUGUGGCUAAUUUCUGGACCUGACGUAUCUGGGCAGAGGUACUAUCGUGCUUUUGUUUUCACCCCUGAAACACCAAAGCCAUCUGCCUGUUGGAAAGAUUAAGAGGCCAAAACAAUCCUCUUUGUUUUCUGUAACGCGUGUUGUUUUGGCUUCUAAAACUGCUGUAAAUACAUUUGGAAGACAGUGCAUAUAUGUAUAUGUACAUAUAUAUGUAUGCAUGUAACACAGAGGCUCUCAUCACCUACCUGUUCAUGGAAAUCUCCCCUCUGAUGCUUCAAGAUUUGACUAGAAAAUGCUAGUGGGCUUAUCACAGUUGCACUGCAAUUAAGAACCACUGGGAUAUUCCUGCAUCACCAUAUUUAUCACAUUUUGCAAUACAACCUGAUUUAUCUGUUCCCAGAAGGACUUUUUGCCAAAGAGACCUUACCUUUUUAAGGUGCACAUGUUAGCCAUAAAAAAAAAAAUACAUAUUUAUGUAUAUACAUAUCACUUCAUUUGUGCCUGUGGUAAAGUCUAGCCCGUUCUUUUCAGAAAGAAUUGGAAGAUCAUGCAGAUACCUCUGUUUGAGUCUGCAGAGUUUUUGCUUGUGCUGCUUUGGCCCCUUUGAGCAUUUGCUGGCAAGUUGGGCCUGAUCCUGUGAUUUGUGUGGCCAGACAGGGCACAGAAGGGUCCAGGGGUCAGGUUCUGAUUUAGCAAAAUGCUUAAGCCCGUGGGGAUUGUUUAAGCAUAGGCUUAAAGCCAUUGCAUGGUGUGUUAUAAGCUAUGGGUCUGCAGUUAAUGCCAGACUGACUCUGUAUCACCCCUUCAGAUAUAUUGGAGCUGGGUAGGAUGGGGACACAGUCAAAUUUCUGCCAAACUCACUUGAACGUGUGGUACAGCUCCUGUGUCACCUUUAUGCAGGAGGGCAAACAGCAGGAGAUCGAACGUAACAUCUGGACAUUGGGAGGGUGAGUUGUUACAAGAUCAGUGCUUGGCGCAGGGUGGCUGUGGCACUUUCCAUAUGUCACAAGUAGCCCUACGGCCAGAUUUACUCUAUCUUUGAACCGUGGCUUUAAAUGGCUGCUUAAACUUUCUCCCAAAGCUUGGGUUGCCUUGGUUACAGUCCAAUCCUUAUGCACAUCCCCAAGGCUAACACUACGGUUUUAUGAAUGUGAUGGUUUUAUUGUCACUUAUUUUAAUUAUUGCCUGAGCGUUGCUUUUAAAAACAGAAAGCAACACCAUUGCUUUAGCUUAUCAGAUAAUGCACCUUUAAUUUUGUUGGGUUUUUAAAAUAUUUUAAUUCUUGGAUUUUUAUCACAACUGCAAAACACUUGGGUAAUGACUUAAUCAUGGAGGUGUGAGAGCAGGAAAGUAUUCAUCAGAAUGGACUCUCUAUAAGGUGUUCAGCCUGAUGGCAGGAGCAAGACUUCCGUGGGAUAUGGGACUUACAUUGAUUUCCUGCCUGUCAGCAAAGUGUGCCUGAGAAGAAUGAGGAAAAGUUGUCUUUUGAAGAACUGGUGGUGGUUGAAGGGAAUAUGCAACAAGUCAUGCUGAAAUCUCUUUGAACCUGCUCCAGCUCCUUCCAUGCCGUGGUCAGUAAAGCCUAGCCUAGGUCUGAUAAAUGCUGGUUUUAGGGUAUCGUUGCUUUUGAUUUUGAGGUAGUCCAGCAGAUGAGGGAUAACAGGACCCCAGGAAAGGUCCAGAGAAGGUUUACAGUUGCCUUUCUUUGGUAACCAUGGUAGACACUUAGUGCCUUGGGUGAACAGCUCAGAAAGGAAUUGAGUUUUGAACUGUUUUGUUAUUGAUAUCUGAUUUCUGCAGUUGGUUCAUCACGUUGAUUUGAUAUUUGUUCACAGAGCUGCGUUGCCUACACUUGACAUACAUUUCAGUCCUGGAAGUCAGAGCUAGCAGAGAUAUAGGGUAGAAUCUCAUGGUGGUGGAAUUCUCAGUAGAAAACACUAGUGGUGGUAAUAGAGGGUAUGUUACCAAAGGAUGGCAGGAACUACUCAGUGCUAUCUGGAGGUUGGUAAUGUGCCAUUGAGGAAGCCGGAGAACACUAUUUCCAGUUUAAGCUGGUCUCAAUUUUUACACUAAAUUAUGUGAUGUUGGAAGGGCCUUCUUUUUAAUGAGAAAUUCUCUCUUUGCAGUGUUACCCACAACAGUAUUUCUUACUGUUAUAAUUAAAACCAUAUUGAAUUUUUAUCUCAAUAGAUUUCAGAAUUGUUGACAAAUAUUUUUAUUUCUCAAAAAUCUUUGUCUCCUUUCCCAAUUCUUUUUUCCUUCUUGGGUUUCUUCUGCUGGUCCAUUAAAGUUCCUGUGAUGAUUUUGAAAACUUUUUUGGAUAAAAAUUCAUUAAAAACAAAACAAAAAAAAAAGCACAUGUUCUUGGAAAAUGGUUCAAUAUUAGGCCUGGUGAAAUAAUAAUAGUAAAAAAAGCUUUUAAACUUCUCACAAGAUAUUUUUCCCCUGUUUUUGACUGGCUUUGCUAACUUUGAAGUCACUGUUUCCUUUGCCAGAACAAUCCAAAUAAUGUGACUCUUCUUAAAAUAACAGUGUUAGUUCUGUUGGGUUCGUUUUCCUUUCUCCUCUUAAAGUCAUAGUGUGGCUGCGGGAGCUGCCUGGGACUUUGCUGUGGCAACUGCAGCUUUUUUUCUUUAUAAUUACUUGGGGGGGGGAAGCACAUUAUGGCAACCACCGUGAAGAUCAAAAGAUACUGAUUGAACUUCAUCACCCUUCUGGGUUUGGGGAUGGCAUUUCUCCUUAGACAUUUCUAGAAACAUUACCUGUCGUCCUCAACACUUCAAGUCCGAAUUUGCAUCAGUCAGUUGCCCAUCAGGCAUUCAGUGCUUCUGAGUAUUGCAAGAGAGAGAAGAGUUAAUGCUCGUGAAAUUAUAAUGUUGGAUUGGCAUCUAGAAGGCCAAGAGAAAACCAUAACCUCAGUAGGUUUCCUAGUGGACCUUAGAGAACGGCUCUCCUUUCAGCCUGCAUUUUCUCUGCUGGGAUGUGAAAACACUACGCUCAAACACUUGCAGACCACUCUGGUGUGUGCACUCACAUGCACACACAACGUGGUUGUGGGGCUACAACUGAGCACAAUUAUUUAGACUGUAUUAUUAAGCACUUAUUAAGCUGCUUAUGCCCACUGGGCUUUUCUCUUGGCUGUGUGUUCCUGGUCUCCGAGCCAUUCUGUGGCAAGGGGUUGGAGCUCGGUGAUCUUUGAGGUCUCUUCCAACCUAAGCCAUUCUGUGAUUCUGUGAUAUGAUUCUUUUGGCUUCAUGUUAUGGGUAUAGGCAACUACCCGUGAAGCGAUCACUGGUAUUGAAAGCUCUCAGCUCAAACUUUCUUUCUGGUCUACUGCUUGUCCACAUUUCUCAUCAUGACUAUAUGAUCCUUUAGAAAAUAAGGAAGGAACCAGAAGCCCCAGGGUGGCAUUACCUUUACAUUUCAGAUCCAUGGAACCGUUUGAGUUGGAAGGUACCCUUAAAGGCCAUCUGGCCCAACCCCUUGUACUGAACAGGGGCACCUACAGCUCCAUCAGGUGCUCAGAGCCCCGUCCAGCCUGACCUUGGGUGUCUCCAGGGACGAGGCACCACCACCUCUCUGGGCAACCUGUGCCAGUGCCUCACUACCCCUCAGUGUAGAAAACUUCUUCCUUAUAUCCAGUCUUAAUCUCCCCUCUUAUAGUUUGAAACCAUUUCCCUUGUCCUGUCACAUCAGACCCUGCUAAAAAAGCCCAUCCCCUUCUUUCUUACAGCCCCCCUUUAGGUACUGCUUUCCAGGGGUCAGCACCUCUUGCUGGGAAGAUGACACGUGGGGUCCCUUUUUUGCCUCUGCCCUCCCUUUGCCACAAGUGGCAAUCUUACCCUCUUUUUCCAUUCGCUCCAUGUGCUCUCCUCCUUGCAGUGGAGACGGUUUGUUACUGACUGCACGGAGGCAUUGCAAGGCUUAGCUGGGAGUCGGAAAAACUUUUCCAGAUCUUUAGUCAAGUCGUUUCAUGCAUCCACAGUAUCAGUGGCCUGCCACAUGGAUAUCAAAGAAAAUGAUUAUAAUUAUUGCUUUUAAAAUGAUUGUGAAAUUGUGCCUUACUUUUUCAGUCGUAUUUAACCGUCUAAUUUAGAACCACAUGAUUGCAGGGAUCGUAUCAUGAAGAAAUUUGUUUGAAGGAUAAUUUGUUUGUUUUUAAAGGUUUUUUUUCUUCAAAAACGAAUUUAUUAUUUUUUUCUUCUUUUACUGUUUCCUUUUUUUUUUUUUUAAUUUUCCUCCAAUUUUAUCCCUUUAAUAUGUUUGUGUAAAAAGGGCAGCCAGCAUUUGCAUUUGCGAGAGACAGAAGAUUUCAUUUGGUCUCGUAUGCAGAGCUUUCAUUUUCUUUUAUGUUCCUUCAGGAAAAUUCCUCUUUGCCCGAUUACUCAUACUUAGAUGUCUUUAAAUGCAGGCUGACCAGUGAGGGCUUUUUGUUGUUUAAUUUAGUGUGUGCUUUGCUCUGCGCUUUAUUCUGCUUUUUUUAAUUAUCCAGAUAUCGGGUGCUGGGGAGGCAUUGCACAUUAAUGCAGAAUGCUAAUGCUAUUUUUCAUAGAAAAGACAAAAUUAGAGUCUCUCCCUGUCUCCAGUGCAGUUUUAUUACUGUUUUGCGUACAACACCGAUAUUAAGCCAGACUGUAAAGGCAAAAUACUCAGUGACCUACUUCCAUUCACCAGCAAGAAGCCUUUGUCAGCUGACUCCUGUUUGUUUGUUCGUUUCUAAAUGUCGGAUUACAGAACGAGCAUCUCCCAAAGAUGAAAGAAAACAGUGUUUUCGUGCACAGGAAAUUUGGGGUUGCAGUAACAGAACAUUUUCUUUGUGAAUUUGGAUGUCGUGGUGUUUUAAGCCCCCGCCUGGAGCCUAAAUCAAUCUGGCCUCUCAUGCAGUUCAUCUCGUUGGUGCUCCUAAAAGGCUGCAGCCCUGCAAAAGCUCAUGCAGCAUUUUUGGCCGCUUUCCCUUGCUCCCAUUUGGUACAUAUUUGCACAAUUUAACUGAGCUUUUCUUUCUGCUGAAGGUCAGAUGCAAGUGAUACGAAACACUAAACUUUAUAAACAAGCAAAGCCAUUUUAACCACAGCGUUUUGGACAAGAAUGGGUUUUUAGGUGGCGUGCUGUCUGCUGGCCUUUGGAGGGAGGGGAUCCUGAGGGUGCAUUUGCCUGAAACAGGAUGCAAAGCCACAAGCCUUGGUUUCUUAAUAAACUGCUUACUGUAAUCCAGCUACACAGUUUCAGCCUCACACUUCAGAAGCAGCUUCCAGCAGCAGUGCACGUACAGGCACUUUCCCUCUUCCUUGCAGAAAGUGAAACUUUCCCAACCAGCGCAAAUUUAACCUAUUGCAUAAGAAGCUGGAAGUUUGCUUGUUUGGGUUUUUUCUUUUUUUUUUUCUCUUUGCACUUCUUUCUGUAACCUCUAUAAGCAAAGGAUGAAUAGCUUUUCUUUCUCCUUUUUUUUUUUUUUUUUUUUUGACAAGAUUAGAUGUUGCAUAUUGAUGAGCUUGCAUUUCAAAGGUCCGUGGGGCUUUGGAACAUAUUAAGGAUCUCUGAAGUUUAAUAUUCGCCAUGUUUUAAAUAUUCAGGAGGAAAAAAAAAAUCUGCAUAAAAUGGCUUUUGAUAAAUACGUUCUAGGGGUUCUUUCUUGCUAUCUUACACAAGCGCUGUGGGGAUUGUGGCCGUGCCAGUUUUGUUCCAAAGUGCCUUUUGUUUCAGCUUAUCAGGACCGCUCUGUUCCCAUUUGUAUGCCCAGCACUGGUCCUGGUGUCUGCUAUGGUUUCCACAGGAGCUGUGCUGCAUGCAGGUGUGGAUGCAGCAUCUCGGAAAGCACAGGGCAGCUUUGCAACCUUGGCUUAAGAGGAGUGGUGUUUGGAGAAAUCCUUCCUUGGGGAUGCCCCAUUUGCCAUCUCUGUUGAAACUCCCAUUGAAGCUUUAGAUUAGGAUCAGUUAGGGCUGCAUAUACUCAGCUAUUUUCCCAUGUUAUCAACAUUCUCGUUUGCCUUCUCCUUGACAUCCCAUGCUGCAAACCGUGGUGUGCAGGGCAGCCUCCUAGGUCCUGCUCAUGUGCAGCCUUGACUUUUCCAAGUUCAAUCAGUGCCUGCUGCUUUUCCUUAGGACAGCUCUGGUUGGGCCAAGGGCAUCUCUACGCAAAAGGUGGUGCUUUCCUCUUCAGCUUACAAAUAAUGCCUCUUUUUCAGAUUCACCUUUCCCCUCUCACGUAUUCCUGACAGGAGCAGGGCUUUAAAUAUUUCAUAGCGUUCUUCUUUCUCCUCCUUUUUUGCCAGAUGCCUUGAAAACACUGUCAGAUUACGAUCUGGGCGGGAGUUUUCAGGAUCGAUUUCCUUUCCUCCUUGAUUGCGACGGUGUAGGUUUGCAGUGAGGUUUGCUGCUUGUUUUUGGUUUUCUUUUUACCUUUGACAGAACAGAUGCCUUCAGUUUAUGCAGUGAAAGAUUGACUAUGAUUAGAGCUAAUCCAGGAUGGCAGGAUUGGACCCCCACAGUGAAAUCUAGAAAAGUGAUUGCAAAAGUAUUUUGUUUCUCCUUUAUUAAUUACACAGGAAGUUUCCACAGAAGGCUCAUGUAACACUGCUGGCCUAUGUAAUAAGUAGCAGGGCCUGUAAUUACAGUCUGUCUCUGAUCCUAUCUGUGCUCUGGCUUUCUAGGCAUCGCAGUUCUAUUUACAUCUGUGUCUUUGUCACCUCUUAAAUUUUUCAUUGGUCACUGAGGGAAGAACAACACAAGCCGUGAGCCCUGCAGAGGUGCAGCAGCUCUGACCAAGGGAGUCCUCCACCUUCUCAUGUAUCUGCCUGAUUCGGGACACAGAAGAAAGAGAUUUUGACCAGCAAAGGGAGCAAGCUGCAUACCAGCUUUGUACCUUUCGGCAUCUCAGAGUCUUUGUAGGACUGGAAAAUCAAACCUAUUACAGGUCUUUACUAGUGUACCGUCCUGUGAGGGAGUUUAUACAUUGCUAUUUCCUUGCUCUGAGCAGAUUCUACUGGAUUUCAGCAUCCUUUUCUGUAAGAUUCAGGGUUUUAUGGUUGCAAAGAAACUUUCCAGAUAUGGCAGGAGGAGGAAGAUGGCUUUUAGCUGGGCUUCUCUGUGUGAUGCCGUAAGUGCUCUUAGCAGCGUAAAGCAGGAGUGGGAAUGGGGCAGCAGUGAUUUGUUCCAUUCCAGGUUCCCCAGCACUGAGCUCUGGUUGACGCAGCCCUGGGCAGCCCAGCUCCUGGUCCUGAAACCUGGUGCUGAGUGAGCUGGCACCUGGGGUGGAUGCUCAGUGCUGGUCACCCCACAGUCCCCUUCUUUCUUAAGAGAUACCUUCUAGAGUUAAACUACAGAAUGGUGCCCCCCAGCCUUUUUCUUAAGGCACUAUUCCCAGUGCUGUGUUUGAGCAUGAGGAGCAAAAGCCAUUGUGCAAACACUGUACACAGUGCAUAAAGAAAAAUUAACAAUCUACGAUGGAUAUUUUCAAUGUCCAUUACACUGUUAUGCAAAUUGUCCCUUUUCUGCAGCUAGCGCUGUUAAUUAUUUUGGGUUUGACUUUAUUAAAAAAUAAAAAAGCACAAUAAUUUUGUAUUUUUUCCUUACUACUUCUAAGAAAGUUGAUGCUUUAAAGGAAAAAAAAAAAAACAAAAAAAAAAACCCUUACUUUCAAACAUGGGUUUUUCAGGCUUCGAAAUUAAUAAUUUCUACACCUGACCCAGUUCUUGCAGCUGCCAAAAAAAGAAAAGAGAAAGCUAUUUAAAUUUCUCAUAGAACCAUUUAUCUCUUAAAAUAUGCCAAGGCAAUUUGAGGUGGGGGUGGAGACUCAGCUAUUUAUCUCAGCAGCUUGAUUUUUCUCUUUAUGUUUCUAACUGUCAGGGGAAAAAAACGGUAGGAAGCUAUUCUUGGGCUAUUAUUGAUGUAUUGUGUUGCCAUUAUGCAGGAUGUCUGCUUUGCUAUAUACGGAAGGACAUUAAUAAUAGCCAUCUUCCCUGCCCCCACCCUCGGUUCCUUUUAGGAAGAUGUGGUUUAAACUGGAGCAUCUGCCCUGUUCAAAUUGCUGCUCCCCCUCCCCUUCCCUCAGUUAGUUCCCAAACUAGUUUUUGGGAACAAGGCUAAAGGAAUGAGGAGAUAGGUAGAAAAAUGGCAAGUAUAACCUACUUGUGUGCUUGCUCCAGGCAAGUCAUUUCCAUGCCGUGUACCUGUCUUCGUCUUUCCUUCCCAUCUAUUGCCCCUCGUUUCAUUCCAAGUUCAUCAGUGCAGAAAUACCCUUCUUGCCAUUUCUGUCUCACAGGGGCUGGCUGGCAGAACAGGCUCAGCAACAGACCUCAGCUUUGUGAUUACACAGCAUGCCACAUCCAGGAACGUUGGUUUCCUCAUUAUGUCCUCUAAGUAGGAAAAUAUAUUCCCAUCCCUCCUUACCCUGGCUUUAAAAUAUUGUUAAGAAACUUGAAAGGCUCGGCCCACUUGUUUAAAGGCUUGUUGUAUUUUUGGAAGCGGAGUGUAUGGUGAGCAGGAAUAGUUUGAUAUUUGAAAAAUAUCCCCACUUGAGCAUUCCCCCGAGGUGUGGGAAGUCCUGUCUCCAUGGGUCUGUGCCAGCACUGUGACAGCCCAGCGAGCAAAGCCAGCUUGGAUAGGAAAAGAACUGGCCAGCCCUGUUUCAUCUGAUAGAAGAGAGGUGGAAACAAUAAACAUGGCAAAAGCUUCAGGGCCUAGUUGCUCAAAUUUAAUCUAUCUUUUUUUCCAGUGGCUACGUUUCUGCAUUUUGUGCUGGUUUUGUUGUCCAGAAGCUUUGCUUCUUCAGCAUUUCUGAUGGUCAGAACCAUGUGCUCUUCCAUGAUGUCAUUUUAGUUUGUUUGUAAUUCAUUGCUAGUCUUUAUCUGGUCUUUAUAUGAUCCAGAGCUGUUCUGUUUUGGGUUCUGAAUUCAAUCAAAGUUAGGGACUCUUGUAAAGCACAUCCAGACUCUAGGACUAAAAAAUGCAAUCGAGGUAUUUUCCAGUUCUGAUACUGGGAAGUUCUUCUCCAAAUGUGAAUUUGAGGUGGGAAGAAGACCUGCAGUUGGGAAGGUGCUUCGAUUUCAAAAUAAAAGGGAGGUGGACAUUCAUUGUUUCUUACUGCUUUUAUAUUCUUCCUUCGUGGCAGAUGCUUUAUCAACAGUGAGGAAAAAGCCACCCUAAGAGUCACCUACAUACAGCUCUGUAUGGAUAGGAAACCCAUUCCUGCUGGCAAAGGGGCAUUUUCUGCCUUGUCCUCUGAGCCUGAUUUAGUUCUUCGCUCUAACCAUCUAAAAUGUAGUAUUUCUAAUGUGCCCAAUGAUCAAGUAGCUAAGCACUUGACAAGCAGCCAAGUAGCACAACCAGCAUGAUGAGGAGAAGGCUGUUAACCAAGUUGCAUUUACAAAAAGUAUACUCCUCUCCCUUCACUAUGUGCCUUUUUAGUGACCUGCAGUAGUCCUACAUGGGUAGCAGAGAAAUAACCCUGUUACCAAGCAGAGAUGGAAAUUGUGGGAAUGAUACAGAACAGAAGUGGUUAAUUUUGAGCAUCUGUUCUCCAUUGGGGUAAGUAAAGUUUAUUGUCUUGGUUCACGCACCACCUUGUCUGGUAGAUAGCUGGUCAGUAUGGAGGUACAUGGGUGUAUCUCCUUAUAAGUCUCAAUCUUAUCAGAUGGUCUUAUCUGCUCUCCCUCUGGAGAACUUGAACUAAGUAUUGGUAGAGAUACAGGCAGAACAAAGUUACGCUUGGACUUUCUCUUGAUCUUGCUAGACAGGAUGUACCUUCAUGAGAAUUCAACUUCCUUAAAGGUCCUGUAAUUUCCCCAGCCACAACUUGUAUUUUGGACUGUCAGAAAGUCUGGAGAGCAGCUUCCAGGUCCCUACUUUCCAGUCAGUCAAAUGAGACCAGGAGUCCUGAUUCUCUUGGCUAAAUGGCCCAUGGUGAACCACCCAAAGCUGGGAGAUCUGUUUAGCUCUCCCAGACUGCAAAGAGGGCAUGCCCCAGGAACAUCUUUGCCCUCUGUUGCUUCUGUGCUUUGGCUGUCCCUGCUAACUGCAGACCUGUCUGCCCUGGGGUUCACCAGUGGUGGUGUUUAUUGACUGUGUAUUAAUUCACGGGGCAUGAUUUGGCCAGGUGCAAGGUAGUAUUUCAGCUUUAUGGUAGCGUUUGGUCUGGCCCUGGAGGUAGAGCAGGUUUUGUGUCAUUUCCGUUGUUGCAGUUGGGAGGGGAGCGUGGCUGGUCACACUUCUUGUUCUGCAUUAGCAGAGGCUCUCAGAGGUAUGGGAAGCAUCUUCCUUUGAAAUGUGAAUCACUAGCCUGGGUAUCUGGGCAAGAGAGGGACAUUCCCUAGAUGUGAGGGAUGCCUUCUUGCUGCAAACUCCAUGCCCUCAGAUCCUAAUGAAGUAACAUUACUUGAGCUUUUAGGACUGGUCUCCUAUCUGUCAGAGCAUGGGGGAAACAGAGUUUUUUCCCCCUUGCUGAGCACAAGCAUCCCCCCAACCCGUGAGGGGCCCAAUCCUUCUGUCAUGGGAGUUUUCACAAAUCCUGCAGGUUGUUGAGUGCACGUCCUAUGAGAUGCUGAGCACCCUACCUUCUCACUGAACCCAUCAGGCCACUCGUCUCCUUCACUGACUACUUCAGCAGGGCUUUGAAGGCACUCAGGAAGUGCAAUCAGCACCUUACAGGAUUGGUCUGCUAGGUAAUAUAUGAAGUUUUUUCUCUGGUAACUCGUGUGCAUGAAUUGAAAACCAUGUAUUCCAGUUUGUUCUGAGGACAGAUACAGCAUAUACACAUUUUCUAUAUUUAUAAAUAUAUAUAGAUAUAUAUAUUUUGUUCUCAGCUAGUUACCUCUUCUAAACUGCAAUUUCCAGAGCAACCAGCGUAUAUUUUUUAUUCAACACAUAAAAUGACUUUUUACUGUAAGAGAAUGAAAGCUGUUUUAAGCAUGUGUUUUCUGUAUUUUUAUUAUGCAUUAUCCAAUUAUAUUGAGAUGUAUUUUCCUCUUUGCUCUGCUCUUUCAGUUGUUAUCCUUAUUUUAUCAGUUAUGCUUUUCUAAUGUUUUGUAAGGGAAAAUAAAUAUGCAAAAUCGCCAGAUGCCUUUUUUUCUUUGCAGAAGAAGUAUCACAAAUGCUUUUUUAUUACAUUUUACCAAUCCAAUAAACUCCUUAUAAAUUUCA